CAAGUUCUGCUUGCCUUUGGGGUGUGUGUUCCUGUUGUGACAGAGCUUAGGAGCUUUCCAAUUUUUUCCUGAGCUGUUAUAAUUGUAUUGUCUAGGUCCUGAGAUGGAGUCCCAGGUGCGUCAGAACUUCCAUGCUGAGUGUGAGGCUGCUGUGAACCACCUGGUGAACCUAGAGCUCUAUGCUAGCUAUGUCUAUCUGUCUAUGUCCUACUACUUUGAGCGGGAUGAUGUGGCCCUGAGGCAUGUGGCCCAGUUCCUGAAGGAACAGUCUCAUGAGCAGAAGGAGCAUGCAGAGAAGUUCCUGACCUAUCAGAACAAGCGAGGGGGAAGCAUUGUCUUGCAGGAAAUCAAGAAGCCAGAGCAGGAUGAGUGGGGGAACAGCCUGGAGGCCCUGCAGUGUGCCCUGAAGCUGGAGAAGACCCUAAACCAGGCCCUGCUGGACCUGCACAAACUGGCUACAGAGAAGAAUGACCCCCAUCUGUGUGACUUCCUGGAAUCUGACUACCUGGAGGAGCAGGUGAAGGCCAUCAAGCAGCUGGGAGAUCAUGUCACCAACCUGAACCGCCUGGGAGUGCCCCAGAAUGGCAUGGGAGAGUACCUGUUUGACAAGCUCACCCUGGGGGAGAGCAGCUGAACUACACAUUACGAGCUGAGGGUGUCAUGCAGACCUGUAGGUCUUCAUAGCCAAAUAGACAAGGUGUAGCAACCUAGGGCCAGGCACUGACAAUAAAAUGUUCUAUGCAUCCAAUAUCCUGGGUCUUUGAUUUGCUCAAGAUGACAAUUCCUAUUCUUCACACUGUGCAGAGGGGAUGACUAGUAUGUUGGGGCAUGGCAGUAGGAUCCUACUCACCACUGCUUCUGAGGGCAAGAGCAGAGUGUGAAAUACUCUGGCCUCUCAAAUUCUUGAGAUUACCCAAGGUUUGAUGUUCUAUGUUGCCAUAGAAUGGUGUCUCUUACCACAACCUACCCCAAAGGGUCACUAUCCCUGUAGCUACUGAUCUUAGCUGGGAUGUGGGGGAAACCCAGUUAAAAUCUCA